GACGCGGCAGAUAUGCGCAUGUGCUUUCCCGGCGGCCGGGCUGCGCUCGUGUGCCGUCGGGCAGGGUUUGUGCGCAUGCUCGGUGCGGUUGGCGGGAGGAGCGGCGGCGAUGCCUCGGGAAAUUAUAACGCUGCAGUUGGGCCAGUGCGGCAACCAGAUUGGCUUUGAAUUCUGGAAACAGCUUUGUGCAGAACAUGGUAUCAGCCCUGAAGGUAUCGUUGAAGAAUUUGCCACUGAAGGAACUGACAGGAAGGAUGUUUUCUUCUACCAGGCAGACGAUGAGCAUUAUAUCCCAAGAGCUGUGCUAUUGGACUUGGAGCCUCGUGUGAUUCAUUCCAUCUUGAAUUCGCCUUAUGCCAAUCUGUACAAUCCAGAGAACAUCUACCUGUCUGAGCAUGGUGGAGGUGCAGGUAAUAACUGGGCCAGCGGCUACUCACAGGGUGAGAAAAUCCAUGAGGAUAUUUUUGAUAUUAUUGAUCGAGAGGCUGAUGGCAGUGACAGUUUGGAGGGCUUUGUUCUCUGCCAUUCUAUUGCUGGUGGGACAGGUUCUGGUUUGGGUUCCUACCUCCUAGAGAAGUUAAAUGACAGGUACCCAAAGAAGUUGGUUCAAACUUACUCCGUUUUCCCUAAUCAAGAUGAGAUGAGUGACGUGGUGGUGCAGCCUUAUAACUCACUGUUGACACUGAAAAGACUAACUCAAAAUGCAGACUGUGUGGUUGUUCUUGACAACACAGCACUCAAUCGGAUUGCAACAGACAGGCUUCAUAUUCAGAACCCUUCCUUUUCUCAGAUCAAUCAGUUGGUAUCCACCAUCAUGUCCGCAAGUACUACCACACUGAGGUACCCUGGAUAUAUGAACAAUGAUCUGAUUGGACUGAUUGCGUCCCUCAUUCCCACUCCAAGACUACACUUUCUUAUGACUGGCUACACUCCGCUUACCACAGAUCAAUCGGUGGCAAGUGUACGUAAAACAACGGUCCUGGAUGUUAUGCGAAGACUGCUGCAACCGAAGAAUGUGAUGGUGUCCACUGGCAGAGACAGACAAACUAACCACUGUUACAUUGCCAUUCUCAAUAUUAUCCAAGGGGAGGUGGAUCCUACUCAGGUCCAUAAGAGUCUGCAAAGAAUACGAGAACGGAAGUUGGCCAACUUCAUUCCGUGGGGGCCAGCCAGCAUUCAGGUGGCAUUGUCACGGAAAUCUCCAUACCUGCCUUCAGCUCAUCGUGUCAGUGGGCUCAUGAUGGCCAAUCACACCAGCAUCUCUUCGUUGUUUGAGAGGACCAGCAGACAGUACGACAAGCUCAGAAAAAGAGAAGCAUUCCUGGAACAAUUUCGCAAAGAGGACAUGUUUAAGGAGAAUUUUGCUGAAUUGGAUAACUCCCGGGAGAUUGUCCAGCAGCUGAUUGAUGAAUAUCAUGCUGCUACCCGUCCUGACUACAUCUCCUGGGGUACACAGGAGCAGUGAUACUGCGUGCACACCAAAUGGUACUGCAGCCAGGCUCAACUACACAUACACGACAACUGCAGAUUCCAUCCACUGUGUGCUGAUAAGUUGUCUCUAUACCUGUGUUAACAUUUCUGUUUAUCCCUUGUGAAGUGACUAAUUGGAGGUGCCAAAAUAUGGCAAAUGCACAGGCUUGGCUUACAUCUGCUUGGGUUGUGUCUGGAAAUGAAUGGCCUUGCUGAAUACCACUGUUCUAUUCCAUUCCUAGACAUGUUUUGAGGAAGGCUCUGGGUGAAAACUGGUGUUGAGGCAUUGGUUAUAAAGCUUAGUUGUAUUAUUGUAUUUUAUUCAGUUCAGUGAUUCACUGUGACACAAUUCUGCAAUUUUGCAGUACUGGUGUGGAAUGAGUCUCCGGUGUAUAUAGUGAGUCAGUGUCUAAUGUGUACAGUGGGUUGUAAAUCCUAUGUGGCAGCAUGUCACUGGGCAUGUUCUGACAAUCCUGGAAACACUGCCACAAGCAGCUUACUGUAAAAAGAAGCAUUUUGGUAAAAGUCUGCAACUUCUAA